GUUCCUAUAGGGCCACGGCGUAAGUGCUCGUGUGUGACGUAAUAUGACUUAAUAAAUACCCACCCCUUCUGUCGUCACGUCCUCUUGGAGUUGGUGCCAUCUUAGAAAGACCAAUCUCCACAAAAUGAGAGCAAAGUGGAGGAAGAAGCGUAUGCGCAGGCUGAAGCGCAAGAGGCGAAAGAUGAGGCAGAGGUCAAAGUAAACUGGCCCCUCCGUUGCAGCUGUGGUGACCCUUCCCUGCUCUUUGUGCCCCCGUCAUCCGUGUGGCUUGCCUAGGACGGCCUCCCCACCCUGCCGUCUCCACCACGGGCCUCACUGUUGCAGAGGGAAGGCCGCAACCCUGCCCCCUGCCCGGUUGUUGGUCCUGCCUGGUGACGUGAGUUCGGUGACGAAGACCAAGGACACGGCGCUUCUCCGCGUGGCGCUCUGGACUGUUAACUUGCCCGGCACAGCUGCUUUGUUUGGAAGACCUCAAUUAAAUGUUUUUUGGUUACAAAUCAUUCUUGUAUGUCUUUGUGUUUAAUGUCAGGUUAUACCAACUUUUUUAAAACAUCGAGCAUAAGGAUGUUCUGGUAAUAGUAGAUGGAUACCUAAACUUGAUUCAUCUCAAACUUGGUGCUUACUGAGGACUAAAAGUUGGAGGGAUUUGGAACAGUUAAGGGGUAUACAUUUUCUCUCCUGUUAAUCUUACUUGCUGAAAGGCUACUACAGAAGCAGGAUUUUCUGUAAAUAUUCUGUCAUGCCAGUGAAAUUGGAAUCUUUCCUGCUUGCUAAGGUUUAACUUUGAGAAACCAAGCAGUCAUUUUAAUUAUGCUGCGUGUUAAAAUUUCAUAAGGUAUCAGUCCAAAUUGCGUGUGACCAAUAUCGGCUGCUCAGGGAAGAUGGGCAGAUGAGAAGUGGGGCUUUGUAAAAUUACACCCUGCUCUGCUGUUAUCAGCAAGCAAACCGUUCCAUUUCUGGGAUUUAGUCAUUGGAAAAAGGUUGCUCCUAAGGUUUAAGCUCUAAGUUGUCAGUCGGGUAAAAUUCUGCAAAAAAAGUCCUUCGUUCUCCGUAGUCUUAAUACAGCAAAACAAUUAAAUGCUAAGGUACUGGUGUCCUAACUCCAGUCUCGGAGGGCUGCAUUGUCUCCUGGUUUUCAAGGUGUCUUUGUCACCAGUGGUUUAAGUCGAUUGGCUAAGGAAUCUGCACACCUUGUUCUCAAGGCCUUGGCAGCUGAUUGAAAGGAAACCACAAAACUCUACAGGCACUGCGGCGCCCUUGGGAUUCCGUUUGAUACGCUCAUGCUUGGGUAAUCUAGGGGAAUAUUCUUGCAUGGCUCAAGUGAUUUGCCUACACAUUCAACUUCUGUUAGAAGCAUAGGGGAUAUGUGCCAGGACAGACGAAGAACAGAAGCACUGCAGAGGAGCACAAGCUGCAUCAUCUUUGUUAACUGAACCAGGCGGACAAAACGCCCCACAUGUCCGCUGUGUGCCCACUGCGCGGGGCCAAGCGCCAUGCCUGAUCGUGACAGUGCCUACCUGUCAGGUAGCAGUGGGGGAGGCAGCGGUGGAGUAGGGGGCGUUGGCGUCGGGGAAGAAGGUGGUGCAGGGGCGGGGCUAGUGGGGGGAGCAGGGGACGGCAGAGGGGGAUCCGGGUCAGGGGGUGGGUCCGGCUCCGGGGCCAUGGGAGGGGGCGCAGCGCUGGGGAACGGGAGCGGCUUCGGGGGUCUGAGCCUGGACGGCGUCUGCCGGGACUUCCUGCGCAACGUGUGCAAGCGUGGGAAGCGCUGCCGCUUCCGGCACCCGGACUUCAACGAGGUGCCCGACCUGGGCGUGCAGAAGAACGAGUUCAUCUUCUGCCACGACCACCAGAACAAGGAGUGCUCCCGCGUCAACUGCCGCUUCGUCCACGGCUCCAAGGAGGACGAGGACUACUACAAGAAGACCGGGGAGCUCCCCCUCCGGCUGCGGGGCAAGGUGGCGGCCGGCAUGGGCCUGUCGCCCACGGACCUGCCCCUGAGCCGCGGCGAGGUGCCCCUCUGCAGGGACUUCCUGAAGGGCGAGUGCCAGCGCGGGAACAAGUGCAAGUUCCGCCACGUGAGGAAGGACUACGAGUACGAGCCGGUCAGGGUCGGGGUGGGCGGCGGCAUGGGGCAGGGCGGGGGCGGGAUGGCCAGCGUCGGGGGCGGGGGAGUCGGCUGCGGGGGCGUCGGCGGGAGCAUGUCGGGGCUGGUCGGAGGGGGAGGGGGGAACAUGAUGGGGUUGGGGAUGGGGUGCCCGAGUCUGGGGGGCUGCAGGGACCCGGGGAUGAUGGGGGGAGGCGGGGGCGGCGUCGGCGUCGGCUUAGGGGGCUGUCUCUCCAUGGGGCCCCCGGGGCCACGGCGGUUCGACCGGGGCCCCUGCGGGGUGUACGACCCCCUCUUUGAGGGAGGGCUGUUUGAGGCGGGGCCCCUGGAGGCCCCUGUGGACCACGCCACCCUGCAGCUGAAGCGGCGGAGGCUGGAUGGGCUGCGGCUGGCUGACGGUGGGGGUGGGGGCCACUAUGAACUGGGGGUGCAGACCGCCCUCCCGCCCCGCCCCCUGGACUACAGGUUUCUGGAGGAGGAGAACACUCUGCUGAGGAAAAGGGUGGAGGAUCUAAAAAAACAGGUUUCUAACCUCAUCGCCACCAACGAGGUCCUGCUGGAGCAGAACGCCCAGUUCCGCAGCCAGGCCAAGGUCAUGACCCUGUCCUCCACGCCGGCGCCCUCCGAGCAGAGUCUGGUGCCCCCCGUGGGCUCGGUCAGCUCCUACAACCACAGCAUCGCCCAGACCCACACCACGCUGAGCAGCGCGGGCCUGCAGCCCCGCCCCGUCACCCAGCAGGACCUGGUGGCCCCCGCCGGGGCGCCCCCCGCCCCGCCCUCCAACGCGGCCCCGCCCACCGCACCCCCGCCACACCUCAACCCCGAGAUCGCGCCGCUCUCCGCCGCCCUUGCCCAGACCAUCGCCCAGGGCAUGGCGCCGCCCGUCUCCAUGGCGCCCGUGGCCGUCUCCGUGGCUCCCGUGGCCGUGUCCAUGGCCCAGCCCUUGCCGGGCAUCACCAUGAGCCACGCCACCACGCCCAUGGUGUCGUACCCCAUUGCCAGCCAGAGCAUGCGCAUUACCACUCUACCACACUGAGUCACUGGGGACCCAGAGACUACAGGCAGAAACUGGGGUCAUCCUUUCAGGCAGCAACUUAAAGGGGUCUCCAUGUACAUGGUGCACUCUCUGCUCCCCUCCACUGAUACAUGUCUUCUCUUAUUGACCAGAAUAGGAGACCUCAGUGGUACAGUGACUAAGAAAUACCACCGUCCACCACACACACUAGAGCUGUGGUGGGGGGGUCGGGGGGGUGUAGUGAGGGUGGUGAGGAGAGGUGACUUAACGCAGCUCUUGCUGUCUUGCAUCUCCGCUCUGGGCAUUAUCACUAAAGAGAGACAUUAUUGCCGCUGUUCACUCCUCACUCUGUAGGCUUGCAAAGUAUUUUCGGGGUACUUUCCCUCCUAACCGCAGACACCAAAGGAUCUGCAAAUGUCCGAUAUGUGAAAUAGAUGUUUGUACAGAGAAUUGUGCUCUAAAGCCUGGAUGCCAGUGGACAGAAAGGAAUUUAAAAGUUUGUUGAAUGUUAUGUUUUUUAAAGGUCCCACCUGUGUAAACAAACUGUAUUUUGCACACAAAAAAAGAACAACAACAAAGCGAAGCAAAUACUGCCUAUCACCUAUCAUUUUGUCCUUCCCCCUUGUAGUCCAUCAUUUAAAAGAAAAAAAAAAGGUGCUGACCUGUAACAAGGGGAAGGGGGGGGGGAGUGUGGGGAUGAGGUGAUGUGAUGAGAGCUGGGCAUGUCGCCCCCAGGGUUUGGGACGGUUGUGUAGUUUGGGCUCCAGGACCGGAGCAUAGCGUUUAUACGAGGGCCGUGUGUCCCUCGAGACAAUGCCUUUGCUAUUUUACUUAGUUCAUUUCUUGUGUCUGUAAAAAAUAUUGUUUGAAUUUCAUGAACCUGCAGCUGGAAGACACACUCGUGUGGUCUUGGGGCUUCCUUUAGGGCAUCUCAUUAAAAUAUCAGACACUGUU